AUGCGACACAACACAGCUAAAAAUACUGAGGCGUGUGCAGCUGCCAGUGGAUCAGCUGACAGCUGCAGAAGUAAACAACAGACCGGCCUCGUUUUGCUGAGGGCGACCUCAGGCCGCCCAGAGGUCGCCCAGAGGUCGCCCCGAGGUCGCCCCGAGCUCACCUGGUGCUCACCUGGUGCUCACCUGCAGCUCACCUGGUGCUCACCUGCAGCUCACCUGGUGCUCACCUGCAGCUCACCUGGUGCUCACCUGGUGCUCAGAUUCAGCAUCAUGGAUCUGGACGACUACAGUCAGUUCAGUCACCUGUCGGAGGCGGAGCUCCUGCAGCUCGCCAUCCAGCGGAGUCUGGCUGAUAAAGUCAGCGUCCAAACGGGACUUCCUGUCCCUCUGGCCAAUCCGCAGCCUCUGCCGGCAAGCCCCGCCCCCGCUCAGCCGCCUGUUGGUCCGCCUCGAUUUUUGCAUGCAGCUCUCAAAAAAGACGUCAGCCCUCUGCAGGCGUUGAUAAGAAACGGAGACGCAGAAGCUCUGAUGCAGCUGGUGAGGAAGAGGAGCAGCAGCCUGACGGAGCCCAGCGACGAAGGCUGGAUCGCCCUGCAUGAAGCCGCGUAUUACGGACAGCUGCAGUGUCUCCGCAUCCUCAUCAGAGCUCAGCCUGACCAGGUGAACAGGUGUGACCUGAGGGGUCAGAGCGCCCUGCUGCUGGCCGCCGCCCGCCAAAACACUUCCUGUGUGGAGUGUCUUCUGGAGCGAGGAGCCGACCCCAACAUCGCCGACAAGGAGGGAGACACGCCGCUGUUCAAAGCGUGUGACAGGUCAGACGAGCGUGGCGUGGAGCUCCUGCUGAGGUUCGGCGCUUCGGUCAACAGAUCGUGCAGUCAGCGAGCGACGGCGCUGCACGAAGCCGCCAGACACGGCCAGGUGAAGGUGUGCGGCAUGUUGCUGCAGGCCGGAGCCGACCUGAGCGCCACCAACAUCUACGGCAUCCGGCCGCUCUUCACCGCCGCGCAGACCGGCGGCGUUGACAUUCUCAACUUCCUCAUUAGAAAAGGCGCAGACGUGAACGGGCAGGCGGCGGACGGAGCCACGCCGCUGUACGAGGCCUCUAAGAACGGCCAUGUUUCCGCCGUGGAGACGCUGCUGUCGCACAAAGCCGACGCAAACCGAGCCAGCAAGGCCGGCCUGCUGCCGCUUCACAUCGCCGCCCAGAAAGGACGCACACGCAUCGUGUCCGCGCUGCUUCCUGUCACCAGUCAGGUGCGAGUGCGGCGCAGUGGCGUCAGCCCCCUGCACCUCGCGGCCGAGAGGAACCGGGACGACAUCCUGGAGCUGCUGAUCGAGGCGAGUUACGACGUCAACGCCCAGCUGUCGGAGGAGCGCUCCAAGAUGUACGAGGACCGCCGCAGCACGGCGCUCUACUUCUCUGUUUACAACAGGAACCUGGAGGCCACAGAGAUGCUGCUGGAGGCCGGCGCCGACGCCAACCUGGACUUCUUCAACCCGCUGCUGGUGGCGGUGAGGCGUGGCUCUAUGGAGAUGGUGACGCUGCUGCUGAGGUUUGGCGCAGACGUGAACGCCCAGAUCUCCACCCGGCCCUCGUCCUUCCCCUCGGCGCUGCUGCUCAGUCUGGACCAGCUGCCCAUGAUGAAGCUGCUGCUGGACCACGGCUGCGACGCCGCUUCCUGUUUCCGCUGCGUGUACGGAAACCGCCCGCAUGGUGACACCGCACCACCGCACCGCGGCGACGGGCCGCCUCAACGCUGCGUCCAGUUCUGCGAGGCGAUCUCCGGCCCCUCGGCCUCCCGCCGGGCCGGUCCCGUCAUCUCGGUGCUGCUGGACUACGUCGGCCACGUCCGCCUCUGCUGCCGCCUGCUGGAGCACCUGGACAGCUACAGCGCCUGGGCCGACGUCCGCAGGAAGGCAGCUCCUCCUCGUCCUCUGCUGCAGCUCUGCAGGCUGCACAUCCGCCAGCAGCUCGGCGUCGGCAGACUCAAACACCUGCGUCACCUGCCGCUGCCUCCCAGAAUGCUCAGCUUCCUCUGCUACGACCCUCCCUGCCACCUUUAA